AUGUCAAUUGGCGGAAAGCAGAACGUAUCGUUCCUCUUCCAGAAGCGCCGGUUCCUCUACAAUGCCGAAGAGAACAGCUUUGCGCCUAUGUCCUACGAGAUAGAUAAAGAGCCGAGACCAGCCAUCAGGACGUUCCAAGAAUCGCAAGGCCUCCUAACACGCGAAGAGUUCGAUCGGGUCCAACAACAUUAUGGUGAUAAUACAUUCGACAUCCCAGUACCAACAUUUACAGAGCUGUGGAAGGAGCACGCUGUGGCACCCUUCUUCAUCUUCCAGAUGUUCUGCGUGGGGCUCUGGCUGUUGGACGACUACUGGUACUACUCACUUUUUACAUUGGUUAUGCUGGUUGGAUUUGAGAGCACCGUAGUUUGGCAAAGACAAAGAACGCUGAACGAGUUUCGCGGGAUGAGCAUACAACCGUACCCUCUCUGGGUCUACAGGCAGAACAAGUGGGAAUUGGACUCAAGUGACAAGCUUCUUCCCGGAGAUCUGGUGUCUGUGGAUCGGACGAAAGAGGAUAGCGGAGUCGCCUGUGACAUGCUCUUGGUCGAAGGCACCGCAAUUGUAAAUGAAGCUAUGCUGUCUGGGGAAAGUACGCCGCUGCUCAAAGAUUCCGUUCAGCUUCGUCCUGGUGAUGCGCCAAUUGAUCCGGAGGGCCUUGACAAGAAUGCUUUCCUCUACGGCGGUACCAAGGUUUUGCAGGUCACUCAUGGUAACGCCAGCGAAGAUGCACCGGAGACCGUCCCUACCUUGGCUUCUGGAGUUGAGCCUCCACCAGACAAGGGAGCAAUGGCUAUCGUUGUGAAGACUGGUUUUGAGACGAGCCAGGGAAGCUUGGUCCGUACGAUGAUUUACUCAACCGAGCGAGUCUCAGCCAACAACGUGGAAGCUCUGUUGUUCAUUCUGUUCUUGCUCAUCUUUGCAAUCGCCGCAUCAUGGUAUGUCUGGGUUGAGGGUGUUGCCCAGGAUCGGAAACGCUCGAAGCUGUUGCUCGACUGCGUCCUGAUCAUCACAAGCGUAGUCCCGCCAGAGCUUCCCAUGGAGCUUAGUCUCGCAGUCAAUACCAGUCUUGCAGCCCUAAGUAAAUACGCCAUUUUCUGUACCGAGCCAUUCCGGAUACCUUUCGCUGGAAGAGUCGACAUUGCUUGCUUCGACAAGACCGGUACCUUGACUGGGGAAGACUUAGUUGUGGAUGGCAUCGCAGGGCUAUCGCUGGGUGAUAAGAACGCGAAGACCGAGAAAGACGGCGCUCACAGCAAGUUGACUUCUGUGCUCGAGGCUGGCCAGCAGACGACGCUUGUUCUUGCGACUGCUCAUGCUUUGGUAAAGUUGGAUGAGGGAGAAGUUGUUGGGGAUCCAAUGGAAAAGGCCACUCUGACCUCGCUUGGCUGGACACUUGGUCGCAAUGAUACUCUCCAUGGCAGAUCGACAGCAAUUGGCAAGGGAAACACAAGCGGCGGCGAAAUUGUACAAAUUAAGCGACGCUUCCAAUUCUCCUCGUCUUUGAAACGGCAAAGCUCUGUGGCAACUGUACUCACCACAGACCGAGCAACCGGUAGGAAAGUUCGGGGUACAUUUGUUGGCGUGAAGGGAGCGCCAGAGACAAUUCGUACAAUGCUUACCACAGUACCACCAAAUUAUGAGGAGACGUUUAAGUUCUUCACAAGGAAUGGAGGACGAGUACUAGCCCUAGGGUAUCGAUAUCUCUCCGCAGACGCGGAGCUCGGCCAGAAAAAGAUCAACGACUUGAAGCGGGAGGAAGUAGAAGCAGAUCUGACUUUUGCUGGCUUCCUAGUACUCCAGUGCCCUCUUAAAGAAGACGCGAUGCGGGCUGUUCGGAUGCUCAACGAGAGCAGUCAUCGUUGCGUCAUGAUCACUGGUGACAACCCUCUGACCGCGGUGCAUGUCGCUCGCCAAGUUGAGAUUAUCGAUCGGGACGUCCUCAUCCUUGAUGCUCCCGAGCACGAUGAUAGCGGUAAGAAGCUUGUGUGGCGAAGCGUUGACGAUAAGAUCAAUAUCCCUGUCGACCCUAGCAAACCUUUGGAUGAGAAGAUCGUGAACAAGAAAGAUCUUUGCGUUACUGGUUAUGCUUUGUCAAAGUACAAGAACGAGGCCGCUCUUCCUCAAUUGCUCCGGCACACAUGGGUCUACGCUCGAGUCUCGCCGAAGCAAAAAGAAGAUAUUCUGCUUGGCCUGAAGGAUGCUGGCUACACCACGCUUAUGUGUGGUGAUGGUACGAACGACGUGGGAGCUUUGAAGCAAGCUCACAUAGGUGUGGCCCUCCUUAACGGCUCGCAGGACGACCUGAACCGAAUAGCGGAGCAUUACAGAACUACUAAGAUGAAAGAGAUCUAUGAAAAGCAAGUCGGCAUCAUGAAGCGAUUCAACCAGCCUCCACCACCUGUCCCGAUACAAGUUGCCCAUCUUUAUCCUCCUGGGCCGAUUAAUCCUCAUUACGAGAAAGCAAUGCAACAACAAGCGGAGAGAAAAGGAGCUGCUGGAGGUGUGGCAGCCAACGCGCCUGCUGCAGAGAAGAAAGAAAUCCCUGAAACCACCGCUCCACCCCCCACAGGCAAAUGGUAA